ACCAAACUGAAAAGGGAAAGAGUUACAGCUCGAAGAGAUGAAUUUCUUUGUUUCCAAUAACGUAUUCUUGAAUGAAGAUUUCCAGACAUGUUUCCGGAGGUAGUGAUUUAUGAUGGAUCCAUCCAGGGCUCCCAGACAGCAUGCUACCAACUUCCUUCUCAGCUCCAGACACAACGCCGUAUGGACCCGAUCUCCCUCUGCAGGAUAUCCCAAAUCCCAUGAGCCUUUGAGCCAGCAGAAAGCUACCAGGAGAAAAGAUAGGUAGAAAAGAAUAUGCCUGGACUGCAUGAUGGACUCCAACAACACAGAGCCUGGUCAAUACCUGCCUACGGGCAGCCUGGGACCACCAGUCUCCUCACAAUCCUCUCCAUGGCCACUACUUCUGAGCAUGGCUGAGACCAACACCUCUUUCCUCCAGGGCAUUGUGAACUUCAGCGCUGUUUAUGUGGUCAACAGCAGUGACGGAGGAUCAGAGAGCAAGUACGACCCUUUGGGCGGCCAUUCGUUAUGGCAGGUCGUUCUCAUUGUCCUGUUCACAGGAUUGCUGUCCCUCGUCACCAUCAUCGGCAACAUCCUGGUCAUCGUGUCGUUCAAAGUCAACCGGCAGCUCAAGACGGUCAACAAUUACUUCCUGCUCAGCCUGGCCUUCGCUGACCUCAUCAUAGGGGUCAUAUCAAUGAACCUGUACACAGCAUAUAUUGUGAUGGGGCAGUGGGCCAUGGGAAACUGGGCGUGCGAUUUUUGGUUAGCAAUAGACUAUGUGGCCAGCAACGCGUCUGUCAUGAACCUGCUGGUGAUCAGCUUUGACCGGUACUUCUCCAUCACACGCCCGCUUACAUAUCGUGCCAAACGUACUACCAGGAGGGCAGGACUGAUGAUCGGACUGGCUUGGCUUGUAUCUCUGAUCCUCUGGGCGCCGGCCAUCUUGUUUUGGCAGUAUUUCGUAGGCAAGAGGACAGUUCCGCCUGACAAGUGCUACAUCCAGUUUCUGUCUGAGCCAGUUAUUACAUUUUGUACAGCUAUGGCAGCCUUUUAUCUUCCUGUUACCAUUAUGAGUGUACUGUAUUGGAGGAUUUAUAAAGAGACUGAGAACCGCUCCCGAGAGCUUGCAGGACUUCAAGGCUCGGGAGGACGGCUGGGCAGAGCCGACCGGCCUCAUUUCCGUAUCUCUGCCGCAAGGGCGAGCUCUAAAAGCUGCCACAGCGCUGAGCUGAACCGACCUGCACAGAGACCGAAGUCCCUGCUAGGACUUUCUGGCCACUGUUGCAGGUGGAGGUCUGGUGCUGCGGCUGGGACCCAAAGUGGAACUGAGGUGGACCAGAGCAGCUGUGACGGUUGGAACAAUGACACUGCUGAUCAUUCUGGCUCAUCGGAUGAUGAGGAGAGUGCACCGUCUACAACGCGUGCCAUUUUCUCCAUUGUCCUCAGUCUACCUGGCAUGCGGGCAGCUGUAAACUCCCAGAUCAAGCCCUCUGAGAAGUUGGGCAUCUCCGAGGAAGACCCACUACGAGGAAUGGCAGAAAGCGACAGCAAGAAUGACGGUCUUUCCUGUUCUGUUAGCAACGGCAAAAAUCGCUUUGCCACUAACAUUAAGACCACAGCCACAAGCACUGACUCAACCAAUGCUACCGCCAACAAACCUGCUGCUACUCCGAUAUCCUUUAAAGAAGCAGCAUUGGCAAAGCGUUUUGUCUCUCGUGCAAGGACGCAGAUUACUAAACGUAAGCGCAUGUCACUAGUGAAGGAAAAGAAAGCUGCCCAGACUCUCAGUGCCAUCCUUUUUGCUUUCAUCAUAACGUGGACACCUUAUAACAUCAUGGUGCUCAUCAAUACAUUCUGUAACGGCUGCAUCCCGGAAUCCCUGUGGGCACUAGGCUACUGGUUAUGCUACGUUAACAGCACGGUUAACCCAAUGUGCUAUGCUCUGUGCAACAAGACUUUCCGCAGCACGUUUAAAAUGAUCCUGCUAUGUCGAUGGAACGAGAAGAAAAGCAAGCAAAGCUUUCAGCAAAGAGAGUCUGUCCGUUUGCACAGGAGUAUACCUGGGGACUUGACAUAGCACAGCUAGCCCAAAAACGAAGUAUGGCAUCCUGUUUUGAGCAGAGACUCGGGGCUCGGCUUUGGAUUUUGGUACACGUUCUUACAUCCAUUAAUGUCUACAGGACCAGAACUUAUUUGAGUUCUUGCUUUGUUCAAGAUGGUGACCUCAGUUCCACGUUGUGGCUUUAGUCGAGGAUGUUUGAGAGGAAGAUUUUGCACUCAGUUGUUGAGUACCUUCUAGAUAAAGGUAAAAAACCUCGAGUCAGGAGCUAGCACUGACCUCGAACUCUUCAUCUAUUGGUCAUUAAAUGAACUAUUUUGAAAUGUUGUGGGGGUUUUAUUUUUGGAUCCAUUUCAGUGAACUGCAUGUAUAUUUCAGGGAUGGAAAUUGACUGUUUCAGUAUUAAUUCAUGUAAACGAAAAGAAGUUUUGCAAAAAAAAAAAAGUUAAAAAUUGUGUGUAACUCAAGAUGACGUGAUGUAGAUGAUUUUGGCUGUUUUCGUGAACAUGUCGUGAAAGAAGGUCUUGCGUCCAUUGUAAGAUCUCGGUGUAUUAAUAUUCUUGUAUAAAGUGUAAAUCACAAUCGAAGAGGUUCUACAUUUUCAUUUUACGCACUAUUGAUUGAAGGUUUCCUCUGAACCUGGCUGAGUGGUAGGCUGUUGAGCGCAACUGUUUACAGGCCAUACAGUAUUUCACUAUGGAAUCAAUUU